AUGUUUCACAAUACAUUCCAAAGUGGACUUUUAUCCGUUCUCUACAGUAUUGGAAGCAAACCAUUACAAAUAUGGGAUACUCAGAUCAAAAACGGUCAUGUAAAACGAAUAACCGAUGAAGAGAUUCAAUCUCUGGUUCUCGAAAUCAUGGGAAACAAUAUCAGCACUGCUUUCAUCAGCUGCCCGGUCGAUCCAGACAAGACGCUCGGAAUCAAAUUGCCGUUCUUUGUAAUGGUUGUCAAAAACAUGAAUAAGUAUUUCUCGUUUGAAGUACAAAUCAUCGAUGACAAGAAGAUCAAACGACGAUUCCGUGCAUCAAACUAUCAGUCAGCUACUAGAGUAAAGCCAUUCAUAUGCACAAUGCCGAUGAGAAUGGACGAGGGGUGGAAUCAGAUUCAGUUCAAUUUAAGUGAUUUCGUCAAACGUGCGUAUGGAACAAACUACGUCGAGACUCUCAGAAUCCAGAUUCAUGCCAACUGCCGCAUUCGCCGUGUCUACUUUGCAGAUCGGUUGUAUUCGGAAGACGAGCUGCCAGCAGAGUUCAAGUUGUACCUUCCGAUUCGUGGCCAAUUAUCCACGCAAUCACCUGCAUUCGCAAUGACAUCUGAAUAA